AUGAUGAAACGACCAAAAGUAUCAUUUUUAUCUUCUAGAAAGAUAUUGUUGUUUUGUUUGGUUGCCGUCAUCGCAACGACAUUCAUAUCGAUGAGAAUGAUAACAACCAAUGUCAAUAUCCAAAAUACAGUAGGAACAAAUAAUAAGAAUGAAGAUGGAUUGGGUGAUCCGAUCGAUGUAACCACUCCAUCUGACCGUGAAUAUGACAACACCGAUAAUAGCAACAGCAAUACAAACUCAAAAGAUAUACACAUCACCAAGAAGAAAGAAGCGAACGAUUCACCAAACUUUUUCAAUAAAUACGAAUUACCGUUCCGUUCGCAACCCAAGCCGAUGACCGAGCAGGAGCAAUACGAAGCCAAUCGAUUGAAGGCACUGCGCUCCAAGGCCAACGACGAGGAGCGUCCCAUCCUGCUAAAGAUGGUGUUCGACGAGUACGAGCGUGAAGCCAAGAUGUUGCAAGCGAUGCCUGUUCCCGACCGUCCCGACUGCGUGGCGUUGCCACCCGCUUCGGCACUGGUUGACUAUGUCAAGCCCGAUCCAGUGGAGGACAAAAAGCUGAUGUUCGAAACGACAUGGAAACCUGGACAACUUACACCCAGACAAGAUGGAUUGAAUCCAUAUUCCUACAUGACAAUGUUACGUGAACCAGUGGAUCGUGUCAUCUCUCACUAUUACUAUCACCGUCAAAACAAGCGUGAUCCAGGACAUCAAUUGGCCAUGAGAAACACAUUCAAAGAAUGGUUAGAGAAAUCGCCUGCCGCCAACAACGAGCAAGCUCGUAUGCUGUGUGGUGUUGCCCCAUACGAUUAUCCAGGUGUUGAAAACACAACUGAAGCAUGUGCAAUUCAUCAUUUACAAUAUACAUAUAAAUUUGUUGGAAUUACAGAAAAGUUUUCAGAAAGUUUAGUAUUAUUAACACAUUAUGGUGGAUUCCAAGCGAUUAGAUUUACAAAGAUCAAUUCAGGUACACAAAGAGUCACUGUAAAUGAAGUGCCGGAAGAUAUUAUCAAAGAGAUUAUACAGAGAAAUCAAGCAGAUAUUUUCUUGUAUGAACAAGCUAAAAUUAUAUUUGAAAAGCAAAUCGAUGCAAUCGGACGUAGUUUCAUCGAGGCAGAAACAAAAGAAUUUAAAAAGAAAGUAAAGAUAUUUUAA